AGACAAUUGACAAAAGCCAUGGCUGCCCCGAGUGUCUGCCCAUUCUCCCCUUCGCUCUCUUCACCUUGCGACAUCUGCUCGCGCGCGCCGUCGUCAGACGAGCUUCGCAUUCGAUACUCUCGCCAUGCCUGCUACGACCGAAACGACCCCUCACGCCUCUACUUUCGACCUCGAGCAGAAACUCGAUUCCACCACAACCAUCAAUCCGUCCAUUCGCCUGCUCUUCUCGUUGGUCUCGAGGCGUGACUUCUACAUGAUCGUGCUCCCCGCCAUUCUCACCUCUAUGCUCGCCGGAGGCAUCGCUCCUUUCAUGACAUACGUCGUGGGCGAGUCUUUCAACUCCUUUGCCAAUUUCCCGACCACUCCCAACCCUCCCGAGUCUGCGAAAUCUAGCCUGCUACACGGCGUCGGCCUCGCCGCGCUCGAGCUUGUAGGCUUGGCUGUAGGUGCCCUCGCCCUCAGUAGCAUCACCUCGAGCCUCUGGAUCUGGACGGGUGAGCGGAAUCUGAUGGCAGUCCGUAAGAAGGUGUAUACCACUGUGACGCGGAAGGAUAUGCUUUGGUUCGACACCAAGAUGGGUGCCGAAGACUCGGUUCAGGUCGCUGAGGGGGAUGGACCUCUCGGCGCUGGUGGUCUCAUGGCAAAGUUUGCCAGGGAGACAGACGAAGUCCGGAUGGCGUCGUCGCUGGCGUCUGGCUUCAUCAUCCAGUACUUGACCACUUCAGUCACCUGCCUCAUCCUUGCCUUUGUGCAGUCGUGGUCGCUCACACUGAUCAUCCUGUCGGCCGUCCCGGUUCUCAUGGUCAUCCAGACCGCCUCUCAGAUCUUCGCUGGCGCUCACCUCGGCGUCGAGCGUGCUACGACCGCGACGGCAGCGACGUUGGUGGACCGCGCCAUUGCAGCUAUCGCAACGGUCAAGGCCUUCAACGCGGAGACACACGAGCAAGAAACCAUCGGUCGCGUUCUCGACGCGAUGCAGACUGCUGCGAACAAUUGCAUCACCGUCUGGGGCAUCACGUCCAGCCUCGGGCAGUUUGUCAUGAUGGCUAUGUUCGUGCAAGGCUUCUGGUUCGGCUCCAAGCUGGUGCGCGACGGCACGAUUACCCCUGGCACUGUCAUGUCUGUAUUCUGGGCGUGUCUCAUCGCGACCAGCAACCUGCAGAUGUGCAUCCCCCAGCUGAUCGUGCUUAGCAAGGGCAAGUUUUCCAUGGCCGCGCUCCUCGCCCUCGUAGAGUCUGCCCCCGUCUCUCCGACUGUCGCGCCUUCUAAGGCUGCCAGACGUCCGAAUCAUAUCCGGAAGAUUGUCCCGGCCAAGUGCCGUGGCGAGUUCGAGCUAGACGGCGUCACGUUCGCGUACCCUAGCCGGCCGACGCUCCCGGUCCUGCAGGACGUCUCUAUCUUCCUCCCCUCCAAUGAGACCUCUUUCAUUGUUGGUGGCUCCGGGUCGGGCAAGUCCACCAUCGCGCAACUGCUCCUUCGCAUGUACGCCACCGCAGAAGGCGCGAUCCGCUUCGACGACCAAGACGUGAACUACUUGGACGAGGACUGGAUGCGCUCGCACGUCGCUGCGAUCUCUCAGGGAUGCAUCCUCUUCGACAUGACCGUCCACGAGAACGUCGCGAUGGGCUUUGCAUACCCCGGUAGCCGCCGCCGCCCAGAAGACGUCACUCGCGCUGAGGUCGAGGCGGUAUGUCGUGCGGCGCUGAUGCAUGAGUUUGUGAGGGACCUGCCGGAGGGAUACGACACCCGUCUGGGGAAUGGCGGCGCAAACUUGUCGGGAGGUCAGAAGCAGCGUCUCGCCAUCGCCCGUGCGCUUUUGCGCAACCCCACUGUCCUUAUUCUUGAUGAAGCAACGUCCGCGCUGGACGCGACCUCUCGUAUUCUCGUGUUCGAGGCCAUCAAGCGCUGGCGCGCGAACAUGACCACUAUCGUGAUCACCCACGACCUGUCCCAAAUCGAGUCAGAGGACUUCGUCUACGUCCUCAAGUCAGGCCAAGUUGUCGAACAGGGCUUCCGGAACGAGCUCGAGUCCUUCGUGCACGGCGAGUUCCGUCAGAUGACCUCUACUCAGCAGGCCUCGGGCGGCUUCCAAGAGAAGUCUCAGGCGGAGGUCGAGGCACCUCCCGUUGAAGCCAUCUUGGAGCAACAAGACGUAGAGAUGCAAGAGGAGCUCGCCGCGGUGAAGGAUACCGCAAAGGCAUUCAAGCACCGUAGUGUCGCGCCCACCAUUCGGCCUCUGACUCUCGGUAACUGGAUGUUCGAGGCCGUCGCUGACCUCACGAAGCCGAGCACUGCGGUUCCUCCGAAAGCUAUUCUCGCGUCGCGCGAGACGCAGCGCAUCAGCCGAUUCAUUCCUUACGAGGAGACCGCGGAGGAGACCGCGAAGCAGCGUCGCAGGAAGACGCUGCACAUCGACAUUCCAUCGCUCGCUUCACCGCCACCCACUCUCACGUCGGCUAGCCACCGCUACAGCCUACAGUUCACCCCGACAUCCCCGACCCUCUACUCUCACCGGUCCACCGCUUCGCUCCUCUCGCCCGUAGCAAUGGAUGACGAGGACUUCGAUCUCGAGAAGGCUGCCAUGCAGCGCACCGCCACCCAGGCCACGUCGAAGAGGCCAGAGAUCAAACGCGCUCGCACUCGCUGGGACGAGAAGAGCUUGGCUGCCCUGACGGCUGUCAAGGUCGAAUCCUCCGAUACAUCUGCACCCGACGAGUCUGCCUUUGAGCUGUCCUCGCAGCAGACCUUCUGGAGCCUCAUUCGCGACAUCUACCCGACGCUGCCCAGAAAGCCGCUCCUUUUCGUUGGGAUGCUGUGUUGUUUUGCCAGCGGCGCGAUGACGCCAUUGUUCUCCUUCCUCCUGUCUCGCGUCUUCUUCGAGGUCUCCAUAGGUGCCAAGGACGUGUCGACCAUCAACAUGUUCGGCGGGAUCGUCCUGGCGGUUGCCGCCGCUGAUGGGCUCUUCAUUGGGCUUAAGUACGCGGUCAUGGAGGUCGUCGCCAUGUCGUGGGUGACCCGCGUGCGUAAGGUGUGCCUUGCGCGCCUGCUUGCGCAGGACAAGAAGUGGUUCGACAAGACGGACAACAGCGCCGUGCGCAUUGUGCAGAUCCUCAUCAAGGAUGGGGACGAUGCACGCUCUCUCAUCGCCACCGUGCUUUGCCAGGCGAUCGUCGUCUCCGCUAUGCUCGGGGUCGGCCUCAUUUGGGCGCUCGUGCGUGGAUGGCAGCUGACAUUGGUCGGCUUCGCGAUCGCGCCUGUAUUUGCGGUCACUAUGGCGGUGCAGACCAACCUCGUCGCGAAGUGCGAGCUGAGGAAUAAGCGCGCCCGGGAGGAAGUCGCCAAGGGAUACUACGAUGUGAGCUAUCUCCAACAUUCGGGCAUCCGUGCCAUGGGUUUCGAAAGUGCCUUCCAGAGCAAGUUUGACCAGUCUGUCGAUUCGGCCCUCUCUUCGGGGAUGCGAGGCGCCUUCGUUGAGGGUUGCACGUAUGGCGUUGCGAGCGCGCUGAUCUAUCUUGCGGAGGCCUUGUUGUUCUAUGUCGGCGCGGUCCUCAUCGCGCGGGGAACGUACUCCUAUCUGCAGAUGGUCCAGGUCUUAAACCUUGUGGUGUUCACCGUGUCCAUUGGCUCGCAGCUCAUGGGAUUCACGCAAAGGAUUGCCAAGUCGGUACAGGCUACCCGCGACUUCAACGUACUCCUCAAGCUCUCGACGUACACGGACGAGUCUCGUGGUGUCCUGCGCCCCGAGAUGCACGGCGCCGUGUCCUUCAGCAACGUGUCGUUCGCUUACCCUGAGCGUGCCGACGUUCCCGUGCUCAAGGACCUCUCCCUCGAGAUCGCGGAGAACGAAUGUGUCGCAGUCGUAGGCGCUUCGGGGUGUGGCAAGUCGACCAUCGCUGCGUUGUUGCAGCGUUUGUAUGAGCCCAAUGCGGGGUCGGUCAGUAUUGGACUGAACGAACUGCGGUCCACCGACGUCCACCAUCUGCGGGAGCACGUUGCCGUCGUUAGCCAACAUCCGAACCUCUUCGAUACUACCAUCACCGAGAACAUCGCGUACGGGAACAAGGCACUUUCCUUCGAGGACGUGCAACGGGCCGCAAAGGCGGCUCAUGUACACGACUUCAUCGAGUCGUUGCCAAAGGGCUACGACACGCUCGUCGGCGAGAACGCUUCCCUGAUCUCAGGCGGGCAGGCCCAACGCCUGCAGAUCGCACGUGCACUCGCGAAGCCGGCGCGCAUUCUCAUUCUGGACGAGUGUACGUCUGCGCUGGACGCGGAGAACCAGGCGGCGAUCAUGGAGACGCUCAUGCAAGCUCGAGCGGGCCGGACCACACUCGUGGUGACGCACAAGCUGCAGAUGAUGCAGAUGUGCGAUAGGAUAGUCGUCGUGAACGACGGCGUCAUCGCGGAGUCGGGCACGUACGAAAUGCUGAUGCAGAGGCGCGGCGUAUUCGCACAACUGGCGAGUGGUGGGGAGUGGACUUGUGACUGAGUUGUGGUUUCUCUCUUUCUCUUUCCUUUUGUCUUUUUCUUCUCUCUGAUCUCUGGUCUCGCACGUGUAGCAUUGACACUUUCACGCCCCGCACACAAACCUCCCAUGAUUAGUUGAUACCUCACAGUGAAGUAUUAGUACGAAUACCUUCGAUCUUCGAUUACUACGCAUCUUACGAUCCACGCACGCUCUCUACUGUAACAUUAUCUCGUCCUGCAUCUGUAUUCUGAACAUUCAAUAGAGCUGAAGGUGUAUCACAUUCGUCGCUGUCUAAGUAUACGAACUUGAUGCAUGAUGCAUUGAUGGCCCGAAGUGGACAAAAUCCAAAGUCG